UACUUGCGUUUUAACUUCCAAACCACAGGGAAGGAGGAAAGCAGUUACCACAGAGACGCGAAAGCCCAGAGCGGCGCUGUGAGAGACAAAUAGCGGUUCUUCCUCUUCCCGGAAGUUGGGCCUUGCCGGGCGGCCGAACCGCUCGCGCCUGCGCAGUAGUAUCGCAGCGGUUGCUAGGAGAGCAGUGGCCCUAGUGAUGGAGCCGGAAUAAAGGAGUUGCAGAGGGCAGGAUGCCGCAUAAGAUUGGGUUUAUCGUUAUAAGUUCAUCAGGACAUGAGGACGGCUUCAGUGCAAAAGAACUGAUGGUCCACGCACCGACCGUCAAUGGAUGGAGAUCACCCAGGCUCUGCCAGUAUCCCCAAGAAAUCGUCCUUCAGAUGGUGGAGAGAUGUAGAAUUCGAAAGCUGCAGUUGCUGGCUCACCAGUACAUGAUUUCUAGCAAAAUUGAGUUCUAUAUAAGUGAGAACCUGCCAGAGUACUUCGCACCAUAUAAGUCGGAGAGGUUCCGAAGGCUGGGUUACGUCUCUCUCUCCGAUAACGAGAAGACCAGCUACAAAGCACGAGAACUGAAGUCGGUCUACGUGGAUGCCGUGGGCCAGUACCUGAAGUUGACCUUCCACAAGAACUAUGUCAAUAGGUACAACUUGUACAGUCAGGUUGCUCUAGUAGCAAUAAACAUCAUUGGAGAACCUGCAGACCACAGCAAUGACAUCGGGCAUUCUUCGAGAGAGAAGCUGAUUGACCAUUAUCUUGGGAACAACGUGGACGAGUCGGCCUUAGAUGGAUCCUACACUGGGAAGCCCGAUGCCAUUUCGCCGCUGGACGACCUGGCUUUCGACAUGUACCAGGACCCAGAGGUGGCACAGGUCAUUCGCAAGCUGGACGAGAAGAAACGGGACGCUGUGCGCCAGGAACACUACGACCACGCCAAGAAACUCAAGCAAGCCAUCGCGGACCUGCAGAAGGUUGGUGAGCGUCUGGGCCGCUACGAAGUGGAGAAGCGCUGUGCGGUCGAGCGGGAGGACUACGACCUGGCCAAGCAGAAGAAGCAGCAGAUGGAGGAGUAUCGCCUCAAGGUCUACCAGCAGCUGGAACUGCACAAUCUCCUCGAUCCAGAUCUGAUGAUCCGACGGCCUCCCGACUUACCGCUUGAGCCUGUGGCUUAUCCCACCACUACACCUCGGCAAAAGAAGCCUGCGCUUCCUCCCCGGCGGGAGAAAACCGAAGCGGACUCCCCUGAACCUCUGCCUCCCGAAAAACCACCAGAAGAAGCUCCUUCUCCUGAGCCGGCUGCAGUUCAGCCCUUCUCUCCUCCUGCAGCCCAGGCCCUGAUCCCAGCUGAGGCUUUCACAAAGAUCAAUGUUGAAUUCUUACCCUACGAUGAGAGGCCGCUGCCAGCGAUCCGUAAGCAGCAGGAGGAGGGCUUUGCCUACUUGGAACCGGAGAUCAACGAGGAGGAGCCGGCCGACACCCCCAGGAGCGGCAUCACCGGCGAGCCCGAGCCCCUGACGGAGAAGGCACUCCGGGAGGCCAGCCCGGCCAUCGAAGUCUUUGGGGAAGCCUUGGUUGCCGGAGCCUAUUCCAAAACGUGGUCCUACCGCGAGGACUCGUUGCUCGCCAUUUAUAAAAAGAUGAUGGAGAUUUCCACCAGCACGCCAAAGGACGACCUGAAGAACUUGCUGAGGGGUGCCAUUUUUCUCAUAGUGAGAGCCAUUAAAGACAUUGUCUCCUCGGUUUUUCAGGCCUCCUUGAAGCUCCUAAAAAUGAUAAUCACUCAGUAUAUCCCCAAGCAUAAACUCGGGAAGCAGGAGACGGCUCACUGUGUGGAAAGGACCUUCCCCAACUUGCUCUCGAGGACAGGGGACUCCUCAGCCCGUCUCCGCGUCGCCGCUGCCAAUUUUAUCCAGGAAAUGGCCCUCUGCAAUGAAGUGAAGCCUCUCCAGAUCAUCCCUGCUCACCUGGUGCAGCCCCUGAAGCCAAAUUCCCCCACACACCUGGCCAUGAGCCAGGUGGACUUAGCAGAGCGCUUGCUGAAAGAGCUCGGCACGGAGAACACCGGCUUUACUGUCGAUAACGUCAUGAAGUUUGCGACAGGAGCUCUGGAGCACCGAGUGUACGAGGUGCGGGAAACGGCCCUCCGCAUCAUUUUUGACAUGUACCGGCAGCACCGAGCCACCAUCCUGGAUUACCUUCCUCCUGAUGAUGUCAACACACGCAAGAACGUUCUCUACAAGUCACUGUUUGAUGGGUUUGCAAAGAUAGACGGCAAACUCACCGAGGCUGAAACGAAGGCGCAGAAAAAGACAGCUGCUGAAGAGGCUGAGAAACAGAAGAAAGACGAGAUCAAGACAUUGCAGGGUCAGCUGGCAGCUCUGAAGGAGAUGCAGACAGAGGCGCAGGCUGCAAAGGAAAAGGAAACCGAUGUCCCCAAAUCCAAGAAUCAAGGCGAAUCCUUGAAAAAAUUCCCACAGCCUGCAGCAACAGAGACUCUGGAUGAUCAUUCUUCAGUGGCAAAUUACCUUGACAACCUCUGCAUUUUCUGUGGCGAAAGGGACGAAGCCUUCACAGAGGAAGGGCUGGAUCUCCACUACUGGAAGCGGUGCCCCAUGCUCACGAGAUGUGACCACUGCAAGCAGGUGGUUGAGAUCGCCAGCUUGACGGAGCACCUGCUGACGGAGUGCGACCGCAAGGACAACUUUGGCAAAUGCCCACGCUGCUGCGAGGCCCUCCCGAAGGACGAGCUGCCCAGACACGUCAAGGGGAAGGCAUGCAACCCUGCCAAACCGGAGAAAGUGGCGAAUCACUGUCCGUUGUGCCAUGAGAACUUUACGCCUGGGGAGGAGGCCUGGAAGGGACACCUCAUGGGCAAAGACGGUUGCCGAAUGAACCUGCGGCGGGUGCACUCCCUGAACAAGAGCCUGCCGUCGCAGACGCUUGCUGGCAGACCGUCGGGAACAGCCCUCAACCGAUCCGGGCCGAUGGGCACGAAGCUUCGCUCCCCCUCAGUUGGAAGCAAGAUCCCCACCCCACGAGGAGGCUUGAAUAAAAGCACUGGCAGAACGUAUGCAAAGCGAUGACGUGAAUCACUUCUUUCCUUGGGUUCUGCGCAUGGCCCCGCAUCUUCCGGAUCUUCCUCUGAGGUUCUCUGCGCGUGAGGGAGGGCAGAUCCCCGUCUCUUUCCCUGCCCAAGGGGCACGUGGCUGCUUCUCCCCCAAUUCCUCCCCCUCUCUGUGUAUAGAACGCCUGGGCUUUGGUUGGUUGGUUGUCUCUGCCUCAGGAGAUGUCUGGGCACACUAGUGCCCAUUUGUGGAGCAGUUGUGCAUUCA